UGUUAUUUUGCUUGCCAUGUGAACCUAAUGUGUAUUCUCUAUGAUGUGAACCUGAUGUGUAUAUUAUUCAAAACCUGAUGUGUAUUGAAAACUUUAUGUUUACUUUUUGGAUCGUUAAUCCUUUAAUCAUAUUGCUUUAGGGAAAUGGCGCCACCAUCACCACCACCAUGUCGACGGUGCAAGUCAAGGUGCGCCAGCAGCCUUGCAACUGGCACGCUGUUCGGCAUCUACUUCGAGUCUAGUUUUCUUCAUGCGGCGAUCGUCCCAUGCAAUGUGAGGUCGGAAUUCAACAAGCUGACCGGAGACUUUGUGACCUUUGAGGCUCCUGGGGGACCCUACCCUAUGGAGGUCGAGAAAGGACGAAAUAUGACGCAGGUGGGAGGAGAUGGAUGGGUCCGUUUCAUCGCCCACAUGCGUAUCACCGGUGGUGAGUUGAUCAGCUUCUCCUUCAGAGCAGAAAGACCCAAGCUGGCCGUCAUUUAUGUCAACAAAGCAGAAGAUGAUGAAGAUGAUGACGACCCACUUGAUGAAGCCAUCGUAGCUCAAAGAAUGAGGUUGAGCGAGGAGGAGGUGUGCAACCUAUGGGACAUCAUUCCGCCACGUGCUGACUUCGUCGGGGUGCCAUUCGUGACCCCCCUGACAAGUACCAUGGUUGAUCGGCAUGUCAUGAAAUUGCCAAAGAGCCUAUCUGAGAGUUGUGGUAUCAAGCCUGAUGAAGAAGGCUCUGCUGGAAUACGCCUUACCGCAAGGGGCUCCGUCACCACCUGUGCGUACGGUGUGGACACAGACGACUACAUUGAGGAGGACGCUGGCACUGCCGGGCUGGGCGACCCGGCCCUUGCGUUGGCCGACGAGAUUCCGCCAUGGCCGGCCCAGGCAAACACCCUCGUCGUCUCCCUCCAUGCUCUCACGGGCAUCUGGAUGGAGAAGAUCAUGCUGCUGCCGGUGACGAUCCACGACGAGCGGCUCCUCGAACUCCUGGAUACGGGCUCCACCCAUAACUUCCUGCCUGGAGCUACCAUGCGUCGCCUUGCGCUGUAG